AUGGAUGAAGCUCAAUGCAGUUCCAAUGCGUUGCCUCCUUUCCUCACAAAGACAUACGAGAUGGUGGACGAUCCCUCCACGGAUUCCAUUGUUUCUUGGAGUCAGAAUAAUAAAAGCUUCAUUGUGUGGAAUCCACCAGAAUUUGCUAGGGUUUUGCUGCGCAGAUAUUUCAAGCACAAUAACUUCUCCAGCUUUAUUAGACAACUCAAUACAUAUGGAUUUAGGAAAGUUGACCCUGAGCAAUGGGAAUUUGCUAAUGAUGAUUUUGUUAGAAGUCAGCCACAACUUCUGAAAAACAUCCACAGACGCAAGCCAAUUCAUAGUCAUUCCCUACAGAAUCUUCAUGGACAAGGAGCUUCUUCAUCUCCACUAACUGAGUCAGAAAGAGAUGGAUAUAAGGACGAUAUUGAGAGGUUGACAUGCAAAAAAGAAUCCCUUCAAAUGGAGUUACAGAGACAUGAACAGGAGCAGCAAGGAAUUGAACUGCAAACUCAGACUUUGUCUGAGCGUUUGCAACAUGUAGAACAGCGGCAAAUGAAUAUGUUAUCAGCCUUGGCUCGAGUCUUACAAAAACCAGAAGUUUCUCUGAAUCUCCUGCCGCAAUCCGAAAUACAUGAUAGAAAGAGGAGGUUACCAAGAAACAAUUAUUUUACUGCUGAUGCCAGCAUUGAUCGUAAUCAAAAAGGAACUUCCCAGAUCUUGGCUGGAGAAAAUUUAAGUGGUAGUUCUCUUUCGGUGUUCAACAAGGAAUUGUUGGAGAAGUUGAAGUCUUCCCUUAUAUUUUGGGAGAAUAUUAUACACAGUGUUGGUCAAGCUUACAUGCAACAGAAUUUAUCCCUGGAGUUAGAUGAAUCUACAAGUUGUGCAGAUAGCCCCACUAUGUCUUACACAGAAUUAAAUGUUGAUGGCAGGUCUAAAACUUCUGGGAUUGACAUGAAUUCUGAACCUUUUACUGCCAUUGUUCCAGAGGUUGCUGCGUCAGAAGAGCAAAUAGGUGUCACUGUGUCUACUGGGGUCAAUGAUGUAUUCUGGGAGCAGUUUCUUACUGAGAAUCCUGGAUCAACUGCUGCAUCGGAAGUUCAGCAAGAAAGAAAAGAUCUUGACAGCAGAAAGAAUGACAGCAAACCUGUUGACCAAGGGCACUUUUGUUGGAAUAGAAAUAGUGUGAGUAACCUUGCAGAGCAAUUUGGACAUCUUACUCCCGCAGAGACAUGAUUGAUUUCACUCUUGUUGUGCAUAUCAUGACAUGUUGAUGCAAACAUUUUUAUCAUUAAUCGACGUUUGAUUUUACCAUAAUUCUGAAUAGGCCAUACAGAAUCUAACCUUUCGUUUUGAGAGCACAAUUAUCAUCUAAUUUUAGAUUCCUCCGGACAAGAAUUCUUUGCAGCCUCUUCUCUGUGUCACAGCUCAUUACACACAAUCAAUGGAAGGCUGUUCUCGUAAAAUAUGCGCUGCUUGGACUU